AAGGGAGAUCUGAAAAGUGAAAACGGAGAGCGAGAGUCAAUGGCGAUCAAAGCGGGAAAGGUUCUCAGAACGGCGUCGGCUGCCUCUAGGAAGUUCUUAGCAGCAGCACAUCCGGCGCCUUCAGCCGUAUCACCGCCAGGCGUGACUUCAUCUUCCGCCGUAGGAGCAUUUCUGGGUAUUAUGGAAGUUCCUCGCUCCACCACCGAUAUGUUGAUCUCCAAGUACAUCCGACUCUCCCAGAACCGAUUGACGAAGAAGGGUGAUUUCACUGAGGAGAAGCUCAUGACAAUGUUGUCUGGUAACGUCGGGAUCAGCGAGACUGUCAAGUUACUUGAUGGCCGCAAAACUAGCGCUGACUUUUCUUCCCCAAAGUCAACCAACAUCCCGUCCAUUGCCAAUCCCAAGAAGAAGAAAUGAAAAUUCCUCUCUUUUCUUCACUUUUUUUUUUAACGAACCCUUCAAGCUUUUUGCAUUUCUACUUUCAAACUAGUUGCUGAACAUAUAUAUUUUUAUUAUGCAUUCACUCGAAAGAUAGUUUUUGGUUGUUGUUAUCAACUGUCUCAAACACAUUCUCUGAAUGAGUAAUAACAACAUUGGGAUGAUA